UUGCAAGACAGAGAGAGAAACACAAACACCGCACCACACCGCACCGUAUCAUAUCCAAAUCCCAUCACUCUUACGCUUUCUUUCUUUUUUUCUUCCAAAUUCUCUCUUUCUUCUAACCUAACCCUACAAUCAUGCCCCAUUAACACAAAUCGCAAUUACCCCAAAUUCCUCACCCUAGCGUAGAUCGAUCUCUUCUUCCUUCGUGAAUUCUGGUUCAGGGUGGCUGCCAUGUAUGGCACUUAGUAUUUUCCCUUUUUGAAGAUUAGGGGUGGGUGGGUUGUGUCUCGCUUAGGGUUCCAAAGUUUGUUGUUUUGAAUGGAACCUCGCGUUGGGAAUAAGUUUCGCCUGGGUCGGAAGAUCGGAAGUGGCUCCUUUGGGGAGAUCUAUUUAGGCACUAAUAUUCAGACAAAUGAAGAGGUUGCAAUUAAGCUUGAAAAUGUCAAGACAAAACAUCCUCAAUUGCUGUAUGAGUCCAAGUUGUACAGAAUUCUCCAGGGAGGAACUGGAAUUCCAAAUGUCAGAUGGUUUGGAGUGGAGGGAGAUUACAAUGUUUUAGUGAUGGAUCUGCUUGGACCGAGUCUUGAAGAUCUUUUUAACUUCUGCAGUAGAAAGCUAUCACUAAAGACAGUUCUCAUGCUUGCUGAUCAAAUGAUCAACCGUGUUGAGUUCAUUCAUUCAAAAUCGUUUCUGCAUCGGGAUAUCAAACCGGAUAAUUUUCUAAUGGGAUUAGGAAGGCGUGCAAACCAGGUUUAUGCUAUUGAUUUUGGUUUGGCUAAGAAAUACAGAGAUAGUUCAACACAUCAACACAUUCCUUACAGGGAAAAUAAGAAUUUGACUGGAACUGCAAGGUAUGCCAGCAUGAACACUCACCUUGGCAUUGAACAAAGCAGAAGAGAUGAUCUUGAGUCUCUUGGUUAUGUUUUGAUGUACUUCUUGAGAGGAAGUCUUCCUUGGCAGGGUCUUAAAGCGGGAACGAAGAAACAGAAGUAUGAGAAAAUCAGUGAAAAAAAGGUUUCUACCUCGAUUGAAGCCUUGUGUCGAGGUUAUCCAACAGAAUUUGCAUCUUACUUCCAUUACUGCCGAUCAUUGAGGUUUGAUGAUAAGCCAGAUUAUGCGUACCUCAAAAGGAUAUUUCGUGACCUGUUUAUUCGUGAAGGAUUCCAGUUUGAUUAUGUCUUUGACUGGACCAUUUUGAAGUAUCAGCAAUCACAGCUAGCCACUCCUCCAACACGGGCCAUUGGUCCUAGUGCUGGAACCAGUUCUGGAAUGCCCCCGGCUGUUACUAAUGCUGAUAGGCAUACAGGAGGGGAAGAAGGUAGACCUCCUGCUUUGGUUUCAGUGGAUUCCUCGAGGCGCAGAAUGUCAGGGCCCAUUUUAAAUACUUUAUCAAGUGCCAAUGCCUUGGGUCAGUCAAGUGGAUCAUCUAGGAGGGUUGCUGUCUCUAGUAGCCGUGAUGCAUUUGUUGGUGCUGAGUCAGAUAUCCGUACUCGCACUGCUGAGGCUAGCCCUGGAGCAGCACAUCGAGCUUUGAGUGGGCAAAGAAGUUCUCCAAUUGGAUCUUCUGAUCCUAAGAGAGUUGUAUCAUCAGGGAGAAAUGCUUCUCAUGUGAAAAAUUAUGACACUGCACUUAGGGGCAUGGAAGGUUUGCAAUUAGAAAAUGAUGAGAGGACCCAUUAUUAAUUUCACAACUUCUCUCCUAUUAAUUUGUGAGUUGAUAGGCACUGCCAACGUUGCUUGUGUUGCUAAGUUGAGCUGUGAGAAAAUUCGGAUCUGAACUUGAAAUUCUGGCUUUGUAUUGUUAACCCAUCUGGUCAAACCGAUGAAGCUGUGAAGCUGAAAUAAUUUGAGCCAAACCAGGGAUUGUGCUUGCUGUAAAGCUCAGUUUUAAUUGGUUCUUCUAGCUGGAACUCCUAAGUUUUAUAACAUUUUUCUGAGUUAUUAUAUUGGUUUACCAGAUGUUUACAGUUUCACGUGGACUGCAAAUGUCAAAAACUAUCAAAUACCAGCAAAAAUGUAAUUAGCCAUUGUACUCUUGUUGGAUAAGAUUCCCUUGGUUUACACGAUGUAAUUGUCUGGCAAAUAUUUUGGUAUUAGGAACUUGAAUGUUCGUAUUUGUGAGGUUCCUUCAAAAGCUUAAAUGCAUCUCUGUAGUUUUUAUUAGAUCUAUCACAAUGAACUCGUAUGCAUUUUA